GCCGCCGCCGCCGCCGCCUCAAGGGCCCCGCGGCACCCACCCGCCGCCGCCAUGGUCGUGACUUCCCGGCGCGCCGCCGCUUCCCGCGGCCGAGAGGAGCUGCCGUUCUGCUCCGUGUCCCUGAGCAGCGUCCCCGCGGGCACGGUGACCCCGCUGAAGGAGCUGCUGAGGCGCCGGGGCAGCGCCAAGGAUGGGGAGGGCCGCGGGGAGGGCAGCGCCAGGGAUGGGGAGGGCCGCGCCGGGAGGCCUCCGCCGGAGGAGAAAGGCGGCGUGGCGGGCGGUGAGAAGCCGCCCCGGGCCGGCCCCGGCUGCUGGUUGAAGCGCCGGGCCUGCGAGCCUCCCGCCCACGAGUCCCCCGCCAAAAUCUUCCAGCGGAUGAAGGCCAGGGCCCGGCGGCAGGAGCGGCGGCCCGCGGGGAGCUGCCCCGGCGACCUGCUGCUGACGCCCACCCUGAACCCCGCGGAGCUGAGGCGAAAGCUGAGGGGGCCCGCGGGAGCGGCGGGCGGGCAGGGACCCGCCGGGCUGCCAGAAUUAACUCACACUCUGAUUCCUGAGAACCCAAUCACAAAAGCACUAGCCCCAGACCCUCUGGUAUUGGAAUCCCCACAGAAGUUCUUCUUGCGCGUAAAGCAGAAACUGCAGCAGCGUCAGAGAGAUCCAACACCGUCAAACCUAAUCAAGCAGAAUAUUCCUCCUUCCACAACUACAGAAAAGCCAUUAAUCAAAUCUACUUCUGUUGAGCAGCACAGGAAUAAUCCUACGGAGUGUGUGGCUUCUAAUACAGAUGAUCAGGAUGUUUUCCUUAUAGAAUCAACAGAUGCUGAUGAUGAAAUGUCUCAAAAUGCAGUGAUUAGUCCUGUGAAUUUAAAGUUCCCCCCUUGUAAAAAUGAGGAUCAGUUGGAAGAAAGGUGGAGAAAUAGACAAGCAAAGCGUGAGGAACUUCAAGACAGAAGAGAGAUGCAGACAAGUAGUAAACAAGCUGCUCAUGGAGUAGAAAAGAUACUGGAGACUAAUUCUCAAAAGUCUUCACAGUGCUUUUGUAGUAUUACGCUCUCUUCUCCCAGGGCCUGCAUUUCAAGGAAGCAAAAGCUGAAAAAAGGCCGUGAGGUCCCUUUGCGUAAACCAGUAAAUAUGGAUCAAGUUGCUGGCAAAGCAGAUGAAGAGAAAAUUGUCUACCUAACCCAUUGGAGAAUUAAAGUGCUGGAUGGUAGUGCUGCAGUAUGUGUUGAAGGAAAAGAGAAAGAUAUGAAAGAUGAGCUUUGGUGUAGUAGUGCAAUUGUGGAACGCGUAGCACGGAACAAAGUUAAAUCAUCGUCUGGCUGGACCUACUCACUACAUGGAAAGAUAAAUUCAGAUUUGAUGAGGAAAGAAGGAUUUCCCUACCGUUUCAUCAGAAGAUUUGCCUAUGGAUUUCCCCAAAAUUGGGCGGAAUGUGUUGAGAAGUUUCUUGAGGAAAAAAGAAGGAAAGAAGUAAAACAAAAUACUGGAGAGAUUAAAGAGCGUGACUCGGUGGUGGGUACGGAGAUGUUGAAAGAUGCAGAAGAGUCAGCAAGAGAAGUAAAGAAACCUGAAACCAGAAACAACACCACCUAUGAAGUAUUGCCCGAGAACGAUGAAAGCGCUUGUAGAACGCCAAAACGGAGUUCAAUGUUGACUAACUCGAGCAGAGUUUACACCCGUAGUGGCCGUCUUGUUAUACCACCAUUAAAUUUCUGGUGUGGGCAGCGUGAGUUUGUUGAUCAAAAUCUAGAUGUUACUGUCAGUGAAGGUGGAACAGAUUAUGUGUCCAUGAUGCUCAGUAGUGAAAGAUCCCAAAGAAAGGCCACUUUCAUCUCUGAGAAGAAUAAAAGAAAGGAAGUAACGAAGGCAACAAAAGAAAGACCCAAAAAACAAAGCAAAGGCAAAAACAGUGAAAAAGUUCCAAAGGUUCCAGCAAGGUCCAAAAGGGAAACCAAGUCCUCUGGAGGCAAGGUGGCCAGGCUCAUCAUUUCAGAUGAUGAUGAUGAAAGUGAUGGUGUGAUCAAUAGUCGAAAAAACAAAAGGCAGCUUUUUGUUAAGCUGACUCCCUUAAAUACUAAAAUGGUAAACAGCCAUAGCGGUGACAGCAGAAACCCAAGAAUGACAAAGGAAAAGAGAGAAACAGAAUGUGGCGAAUUGAGUAUGUAUCAGCAGGCUUACAAGUGCUCGUUGAGGUCACCCAAACGACUUCCAGGCAAGCGUUUAACAGAAGAAUUGUCAAGCAAAGAUGAGGAAGAGGAAUCCAGUGAAGACACCCCACUGUUUGUCAAAAGGAGAUACAAACCUUCAUUGAAACGAGACACUCAGAAGUCAAAAUCCUCCUCUAAAAGCUCAGAGGACGAUGCAAACAAGGUGUCAUGCGAGGAGAGGCCAGCAAGCCACGCGGCUGGCUCCCAGCGCGUGCCGGCCGGGGAAGGGAACGCUCCGUCGGGCGAGUCUGGGCCUUCCCACCCGCCCGGUAAGGCCGUCAGGACACGAAGCAGAACCAACACUCCGAGGUAUUUCCUUGAAUUGGACACUGAGCCUGAAACCAGCGAGGAGGAAUUUUGUAGAAAGAAAAGGAAUUCGAAAGUAUCUGAUAAAAACCCAGACUGUAAAGUUUCUAAUACUGCCAAGUCUUCAGCAGCAAAAUCAAGAGAACCUGGGAGGGAAAAGGUGCAGAAAUCUCUAGAACUUUUUCCGAGGGCGACUGAAGAUUGGUCUGAAGAGGAACUACAGAGGCUCUACAGGGCCAUCGCCGCGCUCCCGAAGCACAGGAACGGCUUCUGGGUGGAGGUGGCCAUGGCAGUGGGGUCUCGCUCUGCUGAGGAGUGCCACCAGAGGUACACAGAGGAACAGGCGAAAGGCUCCAAGGCGCGUGCCAAGAAGAGUGCCGUUAAACCGGAACAGCAAGUUCGCGUAGAUAAGGAGCCGGUUACGGUAACUGCCAAGGUGGGAACCUUCAAAAGGAAGCAGCAGAUGAGAGAUUUUCUGGACCGUUUGCCAAAGGACAACCAUGAUGACGUGUUCACUGCGACGCCCUUCCAGAGCAGGAGAGUAAAGCCUGUGCUGCACAGAAGCGGCCAGCCUCCUCCCGUCACGUAAGGCGAGCGGUGCACCUCCAGGGAGAAAUUCUGUAUAUUCAGGAGUCCUGAGCUCACUCCCCUUCCACGAACUCGCCCAGCCCCUCUCUGAACCUGGGCAGACUCUUCACAUCGCUGGCAGUUCCUUGUGCCAAGUUCCAGAGCUGAGCUAUUUGCUGUGUGAAGCAGCAUAAUCUUUUAUUUGUUCGGAACUUUUAUCUGCUGACCUCGUCGUCCUCUUCUCACGGGGGGGAGACGGCGAGUGCCCGUCCUGGUGCCCCUUCACCCCGGCGCCAGUUACCGCUGCCCCCCGGGGCCUGAUCACCUCUGCUGCUCCUCUCUGCGCCUUCCCAGUUCUCUCGCUUCAAAACGGAAGGACCCGAAGGUCGCUGAGUAACCUCCUCCCCGAGUACUGGCGGUCGGCUUCGAGCCUGUCAUUUUAAUCAGAAAUUCUUUUUUCGAAUGUGUGGUAGCACCUAAAAAGGGCGAGCGCGGUGCUGGGUGUCGGCGGGCGGCGCGCUCAGCGUGAGCUGGGGGCAUCGUCUGGCUGCUGUGCGGAGCCCCCCCCGCGCGCCGGCAGGACGUGCUGGGGUCAGAAACGGAGCAGAAGGGAGCGCCUGCCCGUGGAGGAGGGGACAGAGAGCCUUUUCUGCUCCGGUGGGGGAAGAGGGACAAGCCGAGGCUGGCGGAGUCGCGAAGAGCCCGACAGAGCCCCGAGGAGCCUGGUUCUCAGACUUCCGUUAACAAGGACAGGUCACUGAUCGCUCUGAUGUGGCUUUGUAGUUGCCAGCGUUCCGGGGAGUCCAGGAGGACGAUGAUGAGGAUGACAUUGCACUUAAGGACAACCCGAUCACGCCCUCCUCAGCCAUCUUCCCUGCGGUGAAAACCCCUCAGU